AUGUCGGCUGCUCUGCUUCGGCCGCGCCUGGCCGUGGGCCUACGCAACGCUGCCCCUCGAUCACCCGUUCCCACCCGCCGCUACGCAUCCUCAUCAUCGUCGUCGGGCAGCCAAUUAGGCGGAGCCAAGAUUGCUCUGUACAGUACCGCCCUCGCUGCCUCUGCCUACGCCGCAUACCUCUACACAACCGAUACCCGCGCGUCUUUCCACCAGUGGCUCAUCCCUCCCGCCAUCCGCCUCUUCUUCCCCGACGCCGAGGACGCUCACCACGUUGGCACCGCCGCCCUCAAGUUCCUCUACCCUCUCAACCUCCACCCCCGCGAGCGAGACGCCUCUCUGAAAGACGCUCCCGAGCUGCAGGCCACCGUCUUCGGAACCAAGAUCUCCAACCCCAUUGGCAUCUCGGCCGGCCUCGACAAGGAUGGGGAGGUCCCCGACCCUCUCUUCAGCCUCGGCGCCGGCAUCGUCGAGGUCGGCGGCUGCACGCCCCUCGCCCAGGAAGGGAACCCGAAGCCUCGCGUCUUCCGCGUGACGGCCCUGAACGGCAUGGUCAACCGCUACGGGCUCAACUCGCGCGGGGCAGACAACAUGUCGGUGCGUCUGAGGGACAGGCUGAGGAGGUUCGCCAAGUCCCUGGGCGUGACCGAGCAGGACGUCCUGGACGGCGAGGCGGGCGUGCCCCCGGGGAGUCUGGCCGAGGGCCGACUGCUGGCUGUGCAGAUCGCCAAGAACAAGGAGACGGACGGCUCGGACGAGAGGGCCGUGGCGGACGACCACGUAUACUGCGUCAGGAGGCUGGCGCGCUACGCCGACAUCCUCGUGGUCAAUGUCAGCAGCCCCAACACGCCUGGGCUGCGGGACCUGCAGGCCACGGGCCCCUUGACGCGGCUGCUGAGCGCGGUCGUCGAGGAGGCUGCCAAGACGGACCGCAAGCAGCGGCCCAAGGUCAUGGUCAAGGUGUCGCCGGACGAAGACGACGAGAGCCAGGUCAGCGGCAUUGUCACUGCAGUGCUUGACAGCGGUGUGGACGGCAUCAUUGUGGGCAACACGACGAAGAGGAGGGACGGCCUCCUCCCCGCUACCGGGCCCGCGUACCUCACCUCCAAGGACAAGAAGGCAUUGACGGAGGAGGGCGGCUUUUCCGGCCCCGCCAUGUUUAGCCGCACCUUGAACCUCGUCAAGAAGUACAACAGCGCACUCUCGACGGCGACGCUCAAGUCUGGCGAGGCGGAGAAGGUCAUCUUCGCCACGGGCGGCAUCACCAACGGCGAGCAGGCUCUCAAGGUGCUCAACGCCGGCGCCAGCGUGGCCAUGGUCUACACUGGCAUGGUGUACGGAGGGGCAGGCACGAUCACGAGGAUCAAGAGCGAGAUGAGAGAUGAGAUCAAGUCGAAGACAUGA